CCACGGCCGCCCUCUGCACCGUCCCGCCGGUGCCAGCGCACUCUGCGCCAUGCGCCUGCCGCGCCGCACGCCCUACACGCACGCCGCGACGCUGCCGCGUCUGCACGCGCUGCUCUACCCGCGCAGCGCGCACGCCGAGCUCGCCUCCUCCUCGUCCGCCUCGCCCUCCGACGCCGCAGCCGCCGGCGUGGCGCUCGUGGCGCUGUGGCAGGCGCGCGGCGCAUGUCCCGCUGCGCUCGAGAGCUCGGCGGCCCUGCGCCGUGCCCAGCUGCUCGACAAGCUGCUGGCGCGCCACAUGGCCGACGCAGAGGGCGCGCGCAGUGCCUACGCCCUCGCACUCAUCCGCUUCGUCAAUGCCCUCGUCGACGCUCACCAGACGGGCAUGUACGCCCAGAGCAUCGCGCACAUCGCCGCACGCAUCGGCCUGCCGCUCUGGUUCGUCGAGCUGCGCCACGCCGCCACGCACGAGGAGCUGCCGAGUCUGUCGGUGCUGCGCGAGGCGGCUGCGGCGGCGCUCGACUGGCUCGACGUGCACUUCUGGACGCCGACGCUCGCCUCGCUCCGUGCGCUGGCCAAGAGCGUCGUGCGCGACGAGUCGCAGCGCGGCAAGCUCAAGGGCCCCAUGCUCAAGCUGUGUCGCGAGAUUGAGACGCUGGCGCGCGACCUUGAGCUUGGCGCUCAUGUCGUCGGUGGCUGGGGCGUGCGGCGGGCACGGGAGGAGGAAGAGGAGGAGAUACUGGACGAUGAGGACGAGGAGGCGCGGGUGGAAGAGGAGGAGGCGGAGAAUAGCUGGAGCGCGCUUGUGCAGGCGCUGCUCGAGCCGGGCGCGCUCGUGCCGCUGUCCAAGGCCAAACGGCCGGCUGCCGUCUCCGGUCAAGUAGCGCAACUGCCCGGCCCACUGGGCGAGCAGUGGCGCUUCCUGCUGGAGCACCUCUCCAGCGCGCUGCCCGGCUUCUCGACCGCACUGCAGUAUGCGCUACUGGCGCGCAUCAGUGACGGACAAGGCGAGAAGGGCACCGGCAGCUAUGCGCGCACCGUCUGCGCAUGGCUGCUGCACCUCGUCGAGGCCGAGACUCGCUCGCAGCGCGGCAGCGAUGCCCACGACGACCAAGCCGCACGCAUGGCUCGGCGAUGUCUGCAGCGGCCGUCUCCUACGUACGUGUCCACUGCGCAGCGUCGGCUUGCCCAUGCUGACUCCCCUCGCGCGCAGCUCUCUGGCAGUAGCUAGGCAGCUCUGUGCUGGGCGACCAGCGCUGCAAGCACAGCUGCAGCCGCUCUUCUCCACGCUCGAGGCCAGCGGCUUCCUCUCUUCGCACGCGCA